AUGCCCGACUCAGCAAACGAGGGGUGGCAGGAACUCCAGGUCCCAUCACGAAAACAAUGCCCAAAGCUAUUCUACUCCUUCACCACCCAGGACGAGUCACUCACACUUCUGGUGACCGACUUAAUCUCGAUCUGGGAGUGCUACCUUGACAAAUACGACAUCUUAAGCCAUGCAGCGCGUCAGCACGCGAGCAUCGACCCGUCCGUCUCAUCGGACCAAUUCGACAUCUUGCUGUCCAAGAUCGGCAAGAGUCUGAAAGAUGGCGACAACGUGCUUCUCAGACAAGACCUGCGAAACUCACAACUACUGCUUCUGAAGACAAAAACCGACCUGCCAAAGCCACUACGGCCUUUAGAAUGGACGUUCAAGCUCACGCCUCGCGAUGCGUCCGAACUCGCCGAGCGCAUCCUACGACCCAGCUUACACGAAGUCGCUGUCUCAGGCGAGAAGGUCAAGUCGCUCCUCCGAACCAUCAAAGAAAAAGACCACGUCAUUUCUCGUCUCCUUGACCGAGUUGGCAACUCAUCGAUAGACCUUGGCCUGAUAUUCCCUGGCAUCACAGGCAUGGCAUCCCGCAAAGGCGGACAAGUCUCAAUUACGGAUGCGAAGAAGCACGUCCCGGGCAUGGCUGGUUUUGACGAGAAAGCGUGGACCAAGCAGUUUGCCAACGAUGAAGGCUAUGAAGGUGCCGAUCGCACCGGCUUGAGUAACCUCGUGCGCGGAAAUGAGAAGUGUUUUGCACACACAAAGUCAGAACACGAGGACUGGAUCAAGGAGCUCUCCACGACAGACAAGGUCGAUCCAGGACCUGGAAAGUCCAACAGCGAACAGUCCAAGCCUUCAACAAGGGAAAGCAAGCGUCGUCAACCGAGUCCAGACAAUGAGGCGACGGAUUCAGACAAUGAUUUCGAGCGCCAACCUACACCGCCAGACUUGCAGCACAAAUCGCCUUCCAAGAAUAAGACGACCCAAGACAAGGGCGGGGAUGCAACCCCUCCACCGCAAGAAAAGCCACACAAGAUAGGCAGUCUAGGUCGUCGCAGCGCCACAAAAUCAUUCGGAGCAUCGGAGGCCAAGUCAAAAUCCCCAACACCAGCCAAAGUCGACGAUGAACCGCCACCAGCACUACGCUGUCGCCCUUCGAAUGCGUCAGACUCUACAGCGACAGCCUCAGAAAGUGAGGACGAGGAUGACGAAAAGCUCAUCUCAGCCAGCCGCUCCUCCCAGCGUAAUCGUGCCACAAACAAGCCUACGCCGAACAGGAAACCAGGCGGUCUUCGCAAGAAACAGCCCACAAGCCUAUCUCCAUCCCCAGCACCGCCACCGAAACCCAAUACGCGCCAGAACCCUUCUCCAAGUCCAGACCCAAACGAGGAUUCAGACCUGGACCUGGACCUCGAUCGUGACACUAAACGUUCGCCCAGCACAUCAACACCCACCCGCCACCGUCUAGGCCGCAUCGGACGCAAAGCAACAGCGACACCAAGUAAAAGCGACGCCGCGACCUCUCCGGCACCUGCACAAGACCGCGCGUCCGAGGCGCCCUCUCAAACCACGCCGAGAAGGAGACUAGGCAGACUCGGCGCCCGCAAGAAAGAUACUACUCAGAACGAGGAAAUCGCGGAGGAACCUCCAUCCAGCACCAAGAAAUCAACGCCGAGAACGAAGCGUACCGAUCAGAGCGACGACAACGACACAAGUUCUCCGUCACCAUCUCCCACCACAAGAAAGAAAUUAGCCUCUCACUCUCGCGACAAACCAAGCCAGACUGCAAAGAAUGAGCCGCAGUCAUCGCCUCCCAUGCCAGACUCGGCCACGGCUCCACCAGCCAAAGAGCCUGAACCGGAGAAGGAGGAGACGGCCGAAGAGAUAGCCAACCGUCGUCGCAUGGAGCUUAAACGUACCAUUGCCUCCAACGCGGGUGCGAAGAAGAAAAGGCGCUUCUAG